AUGGAGACAGAGGAACGGCCGCCGAGUCAUUCUUCCCAGUCCGAUGACCAGGCCGACGUUUCAUCAGACUCAGGUCCUGAUGAUGAGCCGAAGCUGAAGAUUAAGGACCGUGACUACCUGUUUAGCGACUGGAUCAAGGAGACCCGCCAAGUCAACAACCCCAACUUCGAGCCCAUCUUCGUCGCCGUGGACAACCUCACCUACCGCGUGCCCGCGCUGCCGCCCACCAGGCACCACCGGAGCGUGUUCUCCGUCGUCGCCGACGCCGUGCGGCGCUUCAUCCCCGAGAAGGGACCCAAGCCCAUCCCCAUCCUCGACGAUGUCAGCUUCUACCUGAAGCCCGGCCAGAUGACCCUGCUCCUCGGCGCCCCUGGGUGCGGAAAGAGCUCGCUGCUCAAGUUGUUGGCCAACCGUGUGCGGGUGGGCAAGGUCGAAGGCAACCUCACCUUCAACGGCAAGGUGCCCAAGCGCAAGCACUACCAUCGCGACGUCGCCUUCAUCCAGCAAGAGGAUGUCCAUCUUCCAACCUUGACGGUGAAGGAGACGCUGCGCUUCAGCGCUGAUUGCCAGAUGCCGCGCGGCGUGUCGAGCCAAGCGAAAGCAGACCGCGUGGAGGCCAUCAUGCAGCUUCUGGGCCUCAAGCACCGUGCCAACACCAUUGUCGGCGAUGCGCUGCUCCGCGGCGUAUCGGGCGGCGAGAAGAAGCGCGUGUCGGUGGGCAUCGAGUGGGCCAAGUCGCCCGGCGUGUGGCUGUUCGAUGAGCCCACCACAGGCCUCGACUCCUCUGCCUCCUACGACGAGAUGAGGGCUUUGCGGACGAUCGUCGACAUGGGUGGCGCGGCCCUGGUGUCGCUCCUCCAGCCCAGCUACGAGGUGUUCCACCUGUUCGACAAUGUGAUGAUUCUCACGCAGGGCCAGAUCGCCUACCUCGGCAAGCGCGAGGACUCCCUCGAGUACUUCGAGGCGCUCGGCUACAGGUGCAGAUCGACGCUCAACCCCGCCGAGUUCCUUCAGGAGGUAGUCGAAUCCAUCACGAGCGUGAACCCGACCAAGUACAGGGCCGUCGAGGAGUGUGAUGAUGAUGACGAGGACGAGGACGAUUCGGUGUUGGCCGCGGUACCCGACGAAGAGUUCCAUUGGCUGGAUCCCAAGGACUUUGUGGCGGCCUACAGGCAGUCCGACCACUUCAAACACGUGGCCGAGACCAUCGCCAGCACCAACAAGCACAUCACCCACGACGAAGUUGAAGACAAGGACCAUCCGGCCAAGAUCGAGUUGGUGGACUACGGCUGCGAUGCCAAAUACGCCGCUCCCAUCUACAUGCAAUAUUGGCUGUUGACCAAGCGCGCGCUGAUGCGGGAAUGGCGCGAUAAGACCACCAACCUGGCUCGCAUCUUCGCUGCUUGCCUCUUGUCCUGCAUUAUGGGCACGCUCUUCUUGAGGCUCGACUACAACCAGGCCGACAUAAGCUCCCGGGUGGGCCUGACGUUCGCGGUGCUGGCCUACUGGAGCUUCGGUGCGCUCACGGCCCUGCCGCUCACGAUCUUCGAGCGGCCGGUCUUCUACAUGCAGCGCGACCAGAAGUACUACUGCACGUCACCCUAUCUCUUCUCCACGAUCGUGGCCGAGAUACCAACCAUGACGAUUGAGGUCGGAGCGUUCUCGAGCAUCAUCUACUGGCUGUCCAACCUCAACGAAGGCGACUCGGGUGGUCGCUUCGGCUACUUCAUCUUCAUGUGCUUCCUCCACUACUGGACCAUGCGCGCGUUGUCGAGAAUGAUAGCGGUGUGGUCGCCGUCACUGCUCUAUGCCCAAAGCUUUGGACCCAUGAUCAUCGCCAUGCUCCUCAUGUUUGGUGGCUACCUGAUUCACAUUUAUGGCUGGUGGAUUUGGAUGUACUACGCAAAUCCAGUUUCCUACGCCUUCCAAGGCCUCGCCUCCAACGAGUUCUGGGGCCGCGAAUACUCGUGCACGGACUCCGAGCUCAUGCCGCCCACCUCCGUGCCCAACUUCAACCUGCCCUUCCCCGACGGGUUUGACGGGAAUCGUGCCUGUCCAAUCACGGACGGAACCGAUUACAUCGUGAACAGCUACGGCGUGUUCGACCGGGAGUGGCUCAAGUGGAUCAUGAUCGUGUGCCUGAUCUGCUGGUGGUUCAUCUUCACGCUGGUGACCUACAUUGGGCUGCGGUUCGUGCGUCAUUCGCCCCCGAGGAAGCCGCGCAUGAAGAACAUGGACGUGAGCGAGGAGGAAGCAGUCGAAAUGAAGCAGUUCAACAUCAAGACCGUCAAGGCGCAAUACGUCAAGCGCCGACACGGCAGCCCUGUCAACGACAACGAAAACAGCAGCUCUCCCAGCGAAAAUGUGGAAGAGGGAAAGAGGGGAAAGUCGAGGGCAGUCCUGGAGAAGCGCGGCGGAGGGUUCGUGGAGGGCGGAGCGUAUCUCUCGUGGCACCAUCUCAACUACUCCGUGUUCACGCAAUCGGGGUUGAAGAAGACGGAGCUGCAGCUGCUCCACGACGUCUCUGGCUACGUGAAGCCGGGGAUGAUGCUCGCCUUGAUGGGUUCGUCGGGAGCCGGCAAGUCGACGCUGAUGGACGUGUUGGCGCUCCGCAAGACGGGCGGCAAGAUCACGGGCGAGGUGCUCGUCAACGGACGCAAGACCGGCAAAAACUUGUCGCGCAUCAUCGGCUACGUCGAGCAGCAGGACAUCCACUCCCCCACCCAGUCCAUCUACGAGGCCAUCGAGCUAUCUGCUCUCUGUCGUUUGCCGUCGUCCAUCCCUCGGGCCGAGAAGAAGAAGUAUGCGCGUAGUCUGCUCCGAGUGCUCGGCCUCGAGCAGAUCGCCAACCGCGUGAUCGGCACCAACGCGGCCGACGGUAUCUCCGCCGACCAACGCAAGCGUCUUACCAUCGGCGUCGAGAUGGCUGCCGACCCUGCCCUCCUCUUCCUCGACGAGCCUACGUCGGGCCUGGACUCGUUUGGCGCCGAGAGGGUGAUGCUCGCGGUGAAGAACAUUGCCGCCCGUGGUACGUCGGUCGUGUGCACCAUCCACCAGCCAUCCGCGACCAUCUUUGGCAUGUUCACGCACCUGCUCCUCCUCAAGAAAGGUGGCUACACGACGUACUUUGGACCCAUCGGCACGCAGGAAGGCGACUACUCCAUUCUCCUGGACUACUUUGCCGGGCUGGGGCAUCACAUGGUGAAGAAGCACGAGAACCCGGCCGAGUUCAUUCUCGAGGUGACGGGCGCCGGCAUCCCCAAGACCGUGCCCACCAGCGUUGACGAACUCCGCGAACAGCCGAGCAUUGCCAAGGCGCUGGAGGAGAAGGAGGAGGAGUCGGCCCAGGACGGCAUCCCCAUGGACGACAUGGAGCGAGGCAAAACGGCGGAGAAUUUCUACGUCGACGCCUACCUCCGUUCCCAGCCGUUCGCCGCCGCCGAGGAGGAACUCACAGCCGGCAUCUUCCCCGCGCAUGGGGAUGAGGAGGAGCAGAGCAGGUGGGAGAAGAUCAAGCAGCGCCUGCUGCAUCGCUACGCCAGCAACUACGUCGUGCAGUUCACGCAGGUGAUCAAGCGCAGCUUCCUGGCCUACGGGCGCAGUCCCGAGGAGUUCCUGCAGAAGGUGCUGGGACCGCUGGUGCUGGGCAUCAUCAUCGGCACCUUCUUCCUCCAGUUCGACAACACUCAGCAGGGCGCGUUCCAACGCGGCUCCCUACUCUACUUUUCCAUGCUCAUUGCCAAUCUGCUCGGCAUUCAGUUGAAGGCGAAGGUGUUCCAGGAGCGGUCGUUCAUGUAUCGGGAGAGGGCUUCGCGCACGUACAGCUCCCUGGUCUACCUGGCCUGCCUGGUGCUCGUCGAAGUGCCCUUCCUUGUUUUCAACGCCAUCACCUACUCGAUCCCGGUGUACUUCAUCUCGGGCCUAUCAUACAACGCGGGUCAGUUCUGGAUCUUCUUCAGCAUUUACCUGCUGGCCAACCUGAUCUCGGUCACCCUGAUCUUCGUGAUCUGCCUGUCGUCGCCCAACAUCACCCUGGCCAACGCCCUGUCGGCGCUGGUGUUCACCCUCUUCUCCAACUUCGCCGGCUUCCUCAUCACCCGCAACAACAUUCCGCCCUGGUGGAUCUGGGCGCACUACCUCGACAUCGACAUGUACGGCAUCGAGGCACUUCUCAUCAACGAAGUGGACGGGAUGACGUUCACCUGCUCGGCGAGCGAACUGGUGCGGGUGCCGAUCAAGGCGGUUGCGGGCGCCUUCAAGGAGUACUGCCCGGAAACGACGGGCGCGCAGGUGCUCGAAGAGUUGGGCAUGGCGGCCAACAACCUCCUGCGCGACUCUCUGGUCCUGCUGGGCUGGUGGAUCGCCUUGAUCGUCGCCGCCGCCCUCCUGCUCAAGUUCGUCGUUCACCAGAAGCGCUGA